AUGGCAUUUGAGGUGUCGUAUCAUCUCGAGAAUGAGCAACAGUUCUGGGAUGCCGAAUACCUGCAGACCGAUUUCAGCAUCGCGAAAUGUAUCUUCCGCAUGCUCGAGGGCGAUCUCUUCGCCUCCAAUAAGGAAUAUGUGCGCAAGCAGAUAAUAUAUUGUCUGUUACAAGAAGAAGACAAUCCCACACUCCACAUAGUGGCCGCAUUCCUCUUGUACGACGGCCGCAAUAGCAAAGAUGACGAGGUCUUCGAGAUGAUGCACUCUGAGGGCACCUUUGCCAGACUAGUCGAGUUGGUACAGAUGCAAAGUGUACAGGAGGAGACGACGUUGCAUCAAUUGCUUCUUCAGCUUCUAUAUGAGUCGUCUCGCAUUCAGCGAUUAACUUACGAGGACUUCAUGGCAGUGAACGACGUGUUCAUCAUCUACCUGUUGGAGAUAAUAGAAGGCGCCUCUGACGAUGCCGACGACCCAUACCACUACCCCGUCAUACGUGUCUUGUUGGUUCUAAAUGAGCAAUACCUGGUAGCAUCUACCAGCCAUCACGGUAACGGGCGUCCUGGAGUAACAAACCGAGUCAUCAAAGCGAUAUCAACCCACGGCCUAACCUACAAGACCUUCGGAUGCAAUUUGAUUCUCCUUCUAAAUCGGGAGUCGGAGACGUCCCUUCAGCUUCUUAUCCUCAAAGUACUUUACCUUCUUUUCGGCAACCCCUCUACGGCAGAAUACUUUUACACAAAUGAUCUCCACGUACUAGUAGAUGUUAUCUUGCGGAAUCUUAUAGAUCUGCCCCACGACUCCGCUGCUGCAAAUGCAUUACGCCACACAUAUCUACGGGUCCUCCAUCCGAUACUCUUGCACAGUCAAAUCAGCAGGCCGCCGCAUUACAAGCGCGAUGAGCUACUCCGCCUCCUGCAUCUUCUGGUAUCGAGCGGUAAUCACUUCGCACCUGUCGACGAAACCACCGUCAGACUUGUGAACCGCUGCACAAGUGUGUCAUGGUUGCAAGAACCAACAGAACCACACUCACCAGUCGACAGUGUAUCAAACGGCAAGAAAGAGUACGCUCGACGGGCUUUGGGUAUGACAGUGCAAGGGGGCGGAGAAAGCUCAAGCAGCGUCCUCGAGAUUGCGGGUCAUACUGCGCAACCCGGAGUACAGACACCAAGCAUGGCGAAGCUCGCGAACUGAUAACAACAGAAGUCGGGGUAUGAGCUUUUCUGGAUCAUAUUCAAGCAGAGCACAUGCGUUUUUGUAGUUGUUCAUUCUCGGUUGGCAUGGAGUCUGGCGAUGGCUUGAUCUUUAUCACCGAUUUGGGUUGAUGGGCAGUGGGUAGUACCUAAUUCCUGUGUACGCAUACUUUGCAUGGCGCGGAGUUUCUGGGCUUUCUUUGUCUAGUUUUUCCCGGUCUUUUUUUCCCAUCGUCAUCAUGUAAUGCUCCAUGGUUUUUGCCAACUUCCGAUAUGAAAUACUUUCCAUAUUG